AUGGACAACAGUCAUCCUUCUUCGCACCAGAAAACGAGGCCCUUUCUGUCUAUCUCCCACACGCGCCUGAGUCUUUCAACAUCAGAAAUUGCACAAGCCGGUUGUAAAGGUGAUGACAAUGGAGGUGAGGAAAAGCAACCUGGAGCAGAGGGACAUUCCAAACAUAGUGAUGACAGAGGUUCGGACAAUACGGUUCUAGAUGUCCGCUUCUCACGCAACAAUACGAAAAUACAAACGAGCUCCAGAGCUAACCAACCAAAUUUUCUCCAGUCAAUUUUGCGAUCAAGACGCAAGGACGAUUGCAGAUCCAGGAAAGAAUCCCCCAUCAAGUUUUCGACCAACGAACACGGUGAUCAGAUGGAUAACAGUGUGAAAACGAAUGAAGAUUCUUCUGUAACAACGACAGAUCAGGCUGAUCACGCAGAUCGCCUUCUGUCGCCCACUCCUCCCCUAUUGAUUAGGAACUUGGAAAACAGGCGCUGUAAGGAAAAACUGAACCAAGAAGAAAUCCAGCCGCUAAACUUAUUUAUUGAGAAUUUGAAAUCAGACUUGAAUAGACACAAGCAGCGUCAGUUGCAGCUACAGCUUGAGUUGCAAUAUUGCACACAACACAACCAAGAAUUGGAGUCAAAGUUGGCCAUCGCAAGAUCCACUGGUUUGAAGCUCGAGGCGACCAACGGUCGCUUUAUUGCUGAAUCUAUGAAACACAAAUAUCUGAAGACGGAAUCGCGACAACUGACAGCAGAACUGACCCGUAGGAGGAUGGUGCUUGAGGCUAAGGAGACCGAGAAACGUGAACUUAUGCAAGAUUUCGAAAGGCUACAAAGUAUCAAAUCUCACUGUGAACGACAGUGUCAAGAAGCCGUACUAGAAUCCAAUAUCACCGCUCAACAACUUAAAGAUGUACGAGAAAAGUGUCAAACAAUGGAAUUUUUCAAAGAUGACAAGUCACAAGUACGUAAAAUGAUGUACAAUCUACAAAAUGCAUUAGGGCGCGUGCGGGUUUUCGCUUCCUUGAAACCCACUGUUCAUGAGUCGUGUAUUCAGUUUUUAUCAUCAUCCAAGAUACUAUUCCAUCUUCCGGCGAGAGAGCAGCAAAACAAAUCCAAAAGUCGCGGAUUUGAUGAAGUUCCCGUACUUUGCAAACUGUCCCACGUUAUGCCACCUGGAAGUUGUUCUCCGCUGGAACUAUACAAUGAGGUGAGUACCACCAUAGAUGGCGUGGUAGACGGACUGAAUGCUUGUUUCACAACAGUUGGACCUAAAAACUCAGGAAAAAGUAUGACCCUAUUCGGAGAACCCGUAAGUUGCGUGAGACCAAACAAUUCAUCGUCUCGCAUCAAAGGCGCGUCCUCGUUUCGACAACGUCAAUCGCAAUUUCACCAACUGUUCAGCACGACGACAAAUGCUACUAGCUUCACGGAGUUAUUCCGUUCCAACGAGUUUGCAUCACUCUAUGGAUUUCUUGGACUUUGUUUAGUACAUCUGUUACAAGAUAUCAAUAUAAAAACCAUCAUUGAUACUACAGCUACCGUCUGUCAGCAGUCGGUCUAUCGGGAAUACAAAAUAAGCCUAGCGACGAUAUUGGUACCGCUGGAUUCGGAACAACCUGAGUUCGAUUUGCUGGCCAACCAGCCUGUGAAUUUCACCAAAUCAAGCCUGCUAACCGAAACCCAUACGGAUCCAACUUUGUUCUUGUUAGAGCUAGAACACCAAGAAAUCGCCAGUCUGGUAGAUGUGGUACAAGUAUGUGAACUAAUACAACGUCGUAUUCGCCAUGGCCUUCUCGCCCGUGGACGAAGGAACUCGGCACCGGUUGACAUGGCCCAUAAAAUAGUUCUGGUAAAAGUACAAACGCGUUCGAACAUACCUGUUACCGAGCGUAUUUUCAACACCGGCGGACUGUUAUUACUCAUUGAUACAGUUGGUUUACAGGAUGAGUUGAAAGGUCACACUGUGCCUGGUUGGGAAAAUAAGCCAUGCAUAUCGAUCCAAGCGUGGAGGGAUGUGGCUGCCCUGAUACAAGCGAUGCGUCUCAAGCCGAAACCCCAUAACUUUGAACGCACUCGUUUAUUACGUCUCAUAAAACCUGGUCUGUUGUCAUGGGACAAACCGAGACUACAAACGAACAGCACCACGGCAUGCUCCGUUCUACUUCAUCUACCAUGUGAUGCAUCGCAGGCUUACCUUACAAUGCAAUGCCUUCGGCUUGGUAUGUGGGCCAUGCAUUUGGACCGAGAGAGAGCGGCCUCUCACUGUCGGACAUGCCAUAGCACCAGUGAACAAGAUGUUCCGGGCAGCAAUGAAUGUGGACAGUCGGGCUGCACAUGGAUGAUUGGUACAGUCGGUCAGAGCCAAUCUGCCAAUCCUACUCGCAUUCGCUCGUCGAAUAUCCAUAGAACAAAUUCCCUUUUGGGUUGGCAAAAUAGAACCCAUUCCAGUACGAUUACGGCACAAAACCUGAGCAAAUCCACAGUUGGUUUACAAAGAACCUGUUCUCUGGGAUAA